GGGAAAGAUGAGCAAAUAGGUGGAGUUCAUAAGAAGUGGUGAGUGGAGGUCAGAAUUAUCUCCUCCUUUUCUCUUCUUCUGUCCUCUCACCAUGCUCCACGCCUGAAGAAGGCUUUGAGACUUUACCAGACCUCUCCUUUGUGUUCAGCUGAAGAUGGGGGACCAAAACCUUACUGCCAUGGUUUCAGAGGAUGAAUUGGAGAAGACAAAUGAAAACAGGACAACAUUCUCUCAGUUCUCCUCAACUGUACGGGCCGUGGUGCGAAUUCGCCAGAAGUACCAAGCAAUGAAAAGGCGCCAAAUGGAGCGGGCAACAUCAGCAUCCCUGCACAGCGCACAUAUAAUGUCUCAGUGCAGUGAUCCUCGCUCCAACAGCCCCAAGAUCUUCACGUUCGAUGUGGUCGAUGGUAACAGUCCUGUCAAUGUAAGCAAGAAAAGGAGAAAGAAAAAGGGACGUGUCCUAUUUCCCAAUAGCAGUCGCCGAGUCUUGCCCACCAAGGAGCAGAGCCGGGCAAAGAGCUGCCUGGUCUUGCUGUGCGUUGUGGUUUUCUUGCAGGUUUACAAUGCCAUUGAAAACCUAGAUGACCAUGUGCUUAAAUACGAUCUGGAAGGACUCGAGAAAACCCUUAAAAGAGAGGUUUUUGGACAGCAGGAGGCAACUGAUGGCCUCUUAAGCCAUUUAAAAGAUUACUUGUCAACGUACGUUCACAGUAAACCUUUAGUUGUGUCUCUUCUUGGGCCCAGUGGUGUAGGAAAGAGCCACAUAGGAAGGCUGUUGGCUCAGCACUUCCGUUCUGUAGUGGGUGAGAAACUGGUGAUGCAGUAUUUUGUGCUACACCACUGUCCCACAGAAGAUGUCCCAAUCUGUACCGAUGCCCUGAUCUCCCAAGUCUCUGAGAUGGUCACGCGGGCCGAAGAAGAAGAGAAGAUCCCGCUGUUAAUUUUUGAUGAGAUGGAGCACAUGCCUUCUGAGCUGAUGGACACUGUGCAAACUCUCAUCAAGAAAAAAGACAACAACGAAUAUUUGAACGCCAUCUACAUCCUCAUCAGCAACCUGGAGCAGGAGGAGAUCACAAAGUUUGUGCUGCAGAACUCCACAACCAACACCUUUUCGGGCCGAGGGAUCAUUAGCAAGGAGUUGAACAAUUUGCUGCAAAAUAAUCUUAAAAAGCACCACUUGAUUUGGAUGGAGGUGGAGUUGCUGCCUCUCAUGCUUCUGGAAAAAAGUCAUGUCAUGGAAUGUUUUAUUGAUGAGAUGUCCAGGGAAGGAUUUUACCCAGAACGCUCUCAUGUAGAAAGACUAGCAGAUGAGCUGGGUUACUAUUCUGUGGGUGAAAGGGAGUUUUCACACACUGGAUGUAAGCAAGUGGUGGCAAAAGUGAAUCUUCUGUGAAACUCAAGGCGGAAGUGAGUACAAGAAUACACUGGCACAUCAAAAUCAGUACAAACCUGCGAUGGCUGGAAAUGACUGGCAGGGUUUUCUCCAAACUUCCAGUUUAUUUUCCAGCUCUAAAGAAGAAUGUUAUAAAUGUUGAAUUUUAAAGGAUGUUUUAAUGCAUUUGCCAGUUUAUACAUUAGUUAAAUAGAAAGCAUUGAGUGUUUCUCUCACUGUGAGGAAAGAUUCCUGUCUACUUUGUUUUGUAGUUGGCUGCUAUUUGUAAACUUUUGUAGGAUGGAACAUGUCAACAAAUGGUAAAUUCUCUCGAGAAACUACGGCAGUGUAGCUGAGAGGCCUUUAAAAAAACACCACCGUCAUAUGUCAGGGCUGAUCCACAAAGCUAAAGGUUUUAGUGAACGGUGUUGAGUUGUAAACCUGAGCAUUAUUUUGGAGGGGACCUGUGUGGGAUUUCUUGAUCGCCAUUAAACCUCUUUGUAUAAACUUUAA